UAAAAUCACAAACCGAAAAAAAGAAGAGUUUUUCAGUUUCAGAGAUGGAGAGAAAGAGCAGUACUCAGAAAAUUUCUUGGAGUAGAGGGAAGUGUUUAGGCAAAGGCUCCUUCGGCACUGUAACAUCGGCAACCAAUAAAUACGACAGUGCCAUUUUUGCAGUUAAGUCCGUCGACAUAGCAACGAGUCUUCCUAGCCAGUUGGAGUCUUUGGAGAACGAAAUUAGGAUCCUCCGUUCGCUUUCCUCUCCCUAUGUCGUUGAGUAUCUCGGCGAUGACGUGACCAUGAACGAGUCGCUGAUGGCGACUUCUCGGAACCUUCACAUGGAGUACUUGGCAGGUGGCACCGUUGCUGACGAAGCUAUUGUUAGAACCCGGUUGGCUGACGUGGAGGAGAAGAUUUUGCGGUGGCACACGCGGUGUAUAGUUUCGGCGUUGAAUUACGUGCACGGUGAAGGCAUUGUGCACUGCGACGUGAAAGGAAAAAAUGUUUUGGUGGGCCACGAUAUAUCAUCCGUAAAGCUGGCGGAUUUCGGUUCAGCGAUGGUUGAGAUUAAAAACGAAAGCUCGGAUGAUAGAUGUAGGUCCAUGAUUUUGCCACGUGGAAGCCCACUCUGGAUGGCUCCGGAGGUGAUUCGCGGUGAGUAUCAGGGACCGAAGAGUGAUAUUUGGUCCUUAGGCUGUACCGUAAUCGAGAUGGUCACGGGGAAGCCGGCUUGGGAGGUCCAAGGCUUCAACUCACUGAAUCGAAUUGCUAACUCAGAUGAAUUACCGGAGUUACCGGCUCAGCUAUCCGAGCUCGGUAAGGAUUUCGUCGAUAAGUGUUUGAGAAGGGAUCGGAACCAAAGGUGGAGCUGCGCUCAGCUACUGCAGCAUCCAUUUGUAGCAUCGGCUUCAGCACCGAAUAUCGUCGGAGAAUUAUCUCCUCGCAGUGUUCUCGAUUUCGCCAACUCGAAUUUCGAAAAAGAAGAUAACACGGGGAAUUCUGAAGCUUCAGCGAGAGAGAGGAUUGGUAAAUUAGCGACGGAAGGAAGGGUAAUUUGGGAAUCAGAUCGAUGGAUAGCAGUAAGGGGUUACGCUCCUGAAUCAUGCGGGAACUAUGACGAAGGGACAAGUACGGAACUUCCAGAAUCGAUGAGAACAAAGAAGGGAACGGAGGGGACAAGUUCGGUAUAUUCGGGUUCUUGGAUGGGUUUGGUAUUGUUCGAUUCGUUUGACAGCACUAGCAACAGAAACACUGUUUUAUGGCAAUGCAGUAAUUACGAGGGUGUGAAAGGGCUAAAAUGGUCGAGUAGUGCACUAUGGUGCGACAGCUGGGCUGAUUCGUGCUGUCGGGAGAGGCCACAGAAGGAGGAGGAAUUAACGAUGGAAAAAGGAGAGCGGGGAAUCUACAUAUUUUGUAAUCUAUUAUUACAACUAUUUUUGUGUAAUUUAAGAAUAUUCAGAUACAGCUUAUUGCUAUUUUUCAAUUACUCUGAUUCUUUACAUUUCAUUCCCAGCCUCAAUUUUUUUUAUUACGAUCAUUUAUUUUUCCAAGAUCAAAUCAAACUUUAUUUGAAAGGAGUUAUUCCAUAUUUUCCGAGUCAUCACAAAGAAAAGGAAAUCGACAAAAGCUUAAGGCUUUGA